AUAGCUAGUGUCGCUGUUGCAUUUUUCUUCCCAAACCCCUACUGCAUAUACAGUGAGGACUCAGUAAAUGUCGACCGUGUGAAAGGGCUUAGGGAAAACAAAAAUAUCCCCAGAAUUUGGCUUAUUUGGACCUCCAACCUAUCGACUGUAUCCUGCCUAUUUGGGGGGAAAACCACGCCGUUGCCCUGACAAGUGAACACCUCCAGACACUUACUCGGGAAAGGAAGCGGGAGGGAGCUAGUGUACCCCCAGGCUUUUCGGAAGGGCUCCAUGGGAAGAAGGGCUGGCAGGAGGCCCUAGAAGGUUGAGCUGCAGGAGGUCGCGUGCGUGAAAUCCCGCUUCCGGUCGGAUGGAAGGGCGGAGCUUUGGGUCUCAGUGGACACCGGCUUCUCCUAGCAACGGGGCAGGCGUUGAGCAGAGCCGCUGGAGGAAUGGACGAAGAGAGCCUCCUAUUGUCUCUGGAGCUGGCGUCCGGUAGUGGGCAGGGCCUCAGCCCGGACCGUCGGGCCUCACUGCUCACUUCCCUUAUGCUGGUUAAACGCGACUACCGUUUCGAUCGGGUCCUUUUCUGGGGCCGCAUCCUCGGCCUCGUCGACGAUUACUACAUCGCGCAGGGCCUGAGCGAGGACCAGCUCGCACCGCGCAAGACCCUGUACAGCCUGAACUGCAUGGAGUGGAGCCUCCUGCCCCCUGCCACAGAGGAGAUGGAGAUGCAGACGUCUGUGGUGAAGGGCCGCUUCAUGGGGGACCCCUCACAUGCGUAUGAACACACCGAGCUGCAGAAGGUGAAUGAGGGCGAAAAGGUCUUUGAAGAAGAAGUAGUGGUCCAGAUCAAGGAAGAGACCCGCUUGGUGUCCAUCAUUGACCAGAUCGACAAGGCUGUGGCUGUCAUCCCCCGAGGUGCCCUCUUUAAGACCCCUUUUGGACCCAUCCGUGUCAAUCGGACCUUUGAAGGACUGUCCUUGUCUGAAGCCAAGAAGCUCAGUUCCUACUUCCACUUCAGGGAGCCUGCUGAGCUGAAGAACAAGACCUUGCUUGAGAAGGCUGACCUGGACCCCUCCCUGGACUUCAUGGACUCCUUGGAGCAUGACAUCCCCAAAGGGUCCUGGAGCAUCCAGAUGGAGAGAGGCAACACCCUGGUGGUGCUGCGCAGCCUGCUCUGGCCAGGUCUCACCUUCUACCACGCUCCUCGCACUAAGAACUAUGGCUACAUCUACGUGGGCACUGGCGAGAAGAACAUCGACCUGCCGUUCAUGCUGUAGGAGGGCUGCCUGGGGAGUCUGGAGAGUCUAAACAGUAUUUUCAUAAA